GCAGCGGCCACCCGAAUGAAAGUGUGGGGCUUUGGAAACGCAUUGCAUAUUGCAGGCUUUGAGGCCUUCGAGUUUCACCUAGAAAAUUAGUGCUGUGAGGUUAUCGCCUCGCUGGGAGCACUCAACAUCAGUGUGCCCUGUGUCAAGCCGGAAGAUUCGUGACGCACGCGUUGUGUUGCGCGUUUGUAGACGUGUGCACGCGGCAGUUGCCUUUCGUUUGUGAGAACACCCCCUUUUUGAUGUCGCCUCGUGAAAGGAACCCUCCUCUAAAAUAAGGUACCAUCUGUUUCAUCGCUGAUCCCCCACGGCGGGUUGCGCCAGGACACUAGGAAACAACCAACCAACCGUGGCUCUCCACAUAGUGAACGAUGGCAUACUCCGAGAAGCGCAAGGCACCCACUGCAACAACUAUGGCCUUGCAGCCGGUCAUCAGUUCGGUGCAGCGAAUGGCCCUUUACGAGACCAAACUGAAAUAUUACUUAGUCGGCUCAAACAACACGCAGACCAAGUUUCGUGUGUUGGAGAUUGACCGGGCAGAAACUAAUAAGCUGCUUGUAUUUGAUGACAAGGUCGAAUACAACAAUAGAGAGAUACGAGAAUUUCUCAGUGAAAUUAACCAAGGAAAAAAAAUGCCCAAAACUGGACAGAAGGGUAACUCUGGCCUCAACAGAACAGUGUCUGCAUUUGGCAUUGUUGGUUUUGUGAGGUUUCUGGAAGGAUACUACAUUAUACUGAUCACGAAGAGGAGACGCAUUGCCAUUGUGGGGCAUCACACUAUUUACAAAGUGGAGGACACGCGUAUGGUCUAUCUGCCAAACACCACUGACCACAAUGUUCAUCCUGAUGAAAACAGAUAUGUGAAAAUUUUCCAGAAUGUCGACUUGUCCAGCAAUUUCUACUUUAGCUACAGCUAUGACCUGACACAUACACUACAAUACAACCUUACUCCACUUGCCUGUAUUGUUCCCAAGAAACCAACCACUUUCAGGAGUGAGUCCGAAGACUCUCUGUCCUCGUCGAGGGUUUCUGAAGUGGAAGUAGCCGACACCUGGGACUUGCUUCCCAUUGAUGAUGCCUACAAGCCUGCGUACAAACUACCUGGAAGACGAUUUCAAAGUGUUGGCAAAGAGGCCAGCAUUGAAAAUUCAUCAAACAUUGUGUGCAGUAGCUUGUCUGAUGGCAUGUGCUUUGCUGGACGCACAAAGCCUAACUGGAGGUAUGUGUGGAACUCUUACCUCCUGGAACCUGUGGAACUGCACACAGAUUGGCUUCUCUAUGUUACACAUGGUUUUGUUGGUCAGACCAAUAUCAGUGUGUAUGGCCGUCCCAUAUAUCUUACUCUCAUCGCCCGUCGUUCCCAGAAGUUUUCAGGAACAAGGUUUCUGAAGCGGGGUGCCAACUGUGAGGGCGACGUAGCAAAUGAAGUGGAAACUGAGCAAAUCGUCCACGAUUCCUCUGUGUCCUCCUUCACAAGUGGCAAUUUCACUUCAUUUGUGCAAGUACGAGGCUCAAUUCCUUUCAGCUGGUCACAAGACAUCUCCAAGAUGGUGCCUAAGCCAGCCAUUAACUUGGACCUGGUCGAUCCAUACUGUUUUGCGGCGGGUCGUCACUUCAACCUGUUGCUGAGGCAGUACGGUGCACCUGUCGUCGUUCUCAAUUUGGUGAAGAAGCGUGAGAAACGCCGCCACGAGAGCCUCCUAAGUGACCCCUUCUUAGACAGCAUCGAUUACCUUAACCAGUUCCUUCCUCGUUCGCACCACAUUGCCUACCUAGCCUUCGACAUGGCUAGAAACAACAAAUUAAAAGAAGCCAAUGUGAUGGGCCGCCUGUCUGACAUUGCUCACCAUAUCCUGCGCAAAACAGGCAUAUUCCACACUCAUGGCAGCCAGGUUGGCCCCCUGCCUACACCAUACACGUUGGGAGGCGCCAUGACAACCUACGGAGCACGUCUGCAGACGGGCGUAGCUCGUGUCAACUGCGUCGACUGCUUGGAUCGCACCAACACAGCCCAGUUUGCCCUUGGGAAGUGUGCCUUGGCUUUUCAGCUGAAUGCUCUCGGUGUCCUUCCAAAGCCGGACCUGGUUUUUGACACGGACAGUGUUCGCAUGUUAGAAGUUCUUUAUGAGGACCAUGGCGACACCCUGGCCUUGCAGUAUGGUGGUUCUCAGCUAGUUCAUCGUGUGAAGACGUACCGCAAGAUAGCGCCUCUUUCUUCACAUUCCAGGGACAUAAUGCAGACCCUCUCUCGCUACCUCAGCAAUACAUUCUCAGAUGCUGACAAGCAGAAUGCCAUAAAUCUUUUUCUCGGGGUGUACCGGCCUUACGAGCAUAACUUUGCACUUUGGGAUCUCACGACGGACUACUACUUGCAUAAUUCCAUCCCAGCUGGUAGGCUACUGUGCCACCGCAACCCUUACACUUGCUGGUUUGAUGAAGAAGUUCCCAUGUCUCUACCUUUUGCUGUUGAAGAAGUGCUGAAGUACCAUGGCAAGUCCCUUUUGGAAGUGAUGAAACUGGAGGCCACCAACGAGAAGGUUGAUGGCUUUGUAGAGCUCUACAGACCGUAUGAGAUGUCAAGCCUCAAUGACCUUUUCAUGUUCAACCUGAGCCAUUCUGUGAGGGACAUCAUGCCAAAUUCUGCCACGGACUACAGCCCGUUUUCAGUGCGGAUCAGGCCCGGAAAGCACCGCGAAAGUGCUGGUGGCAACAAGCCGCUCAACCCUUCUGUGACUGGCAUCUCGUCCACCAUGUCCACCUCCAGCGGUGCCAGCGACUCGGACAGCUCACUUUCAAGCGACGCAGACCCAGAGUUUAUGGUUGAGAGUGACGAGUCAUCUUCAAAUGACCUGUCGCAAAAGCCUUUCACAUUCGAGUCCGUUUUUCAAACAAUGCUGCAGACUUAUGGCAGGGAGAUACACGAGCCCUCACCCAAGGACCUUACCAUAUACAAGAGGUUUGUAACGCUGGGAAAAAUGUCAGGCAUGACCUGCAAGACUGAUGCCAGCAACAUCUCAACACCAAAGAGAUCUCUGCAGUUAAUAAGGCAGAGUGCUUUUACCAUCGACUCUGUCUAUGAAGUCACCCCACCCAUGGUUCCUCGGUCAUCAAGAGACAUCUACCAAGUCUACGUACAGAAAGGGAAAACUGGGGCACCGAUGCCGAACCAGCAUUCACUUGUUACAUACCAGAGAUUUGUAGCAAGCAAAUAUCACUAGAUUGCACUAAUUUAUUUGUUUUCCUUAUCACUAUAGUGGCUCUUGUACAUAUGUAACAUAUGAUGCUUAAUAUAUGUGCUGAAGAAGUGUGAUUAUUAAUAAAAAGUUAUAUUUUCAAUAUGCCUUUAGUACAUGUAUUAUUUACUAUUUAUCGAGUACUGCUGCCCUGAAUUUUCAGGCCUCAAGCAGGAGUGGAUGAGUUACAGUGUGAGUACAAAUGCGCUUGAACAAGAACAGAGGUGACUUACUAAAUGUCAGAAAAAGUAAACUGGUGUGACAAAUGUCCUUGCCCUAUUUACUCUAAUUUGUGCACACACAAAAAAAAAUGUAUAGCCAUAGACAAGUGAAAUGUGAACUAGAAAUUACAGAGUGGAACAGCUUUAGCAUGCUAUAAAUUGCUAUAUCUCACACUGCAAAUUAUGUAAUUACCAUAGUUUUGGCCCCAAAAUAAGCAUGCAAACAAAAAUGUGUUGACCAAAGGCAGAUACAGGAUUUUUUAUAAGGCGGUGUUGGCUUACGGGAAGUCUAAUAUCUAAAGCCAUGCAUGUGUGUCUAUACCCAUCCUUGGCUUAUACAUACAAAAGUUAAGGAGGGGGAUGGGCCCUCAAAUGUGUUCUUCUCUGGGAAGUCGUCCAUUCAAGUGUUUUGCAUCAUAUAAAUAUCAAAUUUCCUUCAAGGCUAUUAAGGGGCAAUGCCAAGACAUUGGGACUGUCAAGUUAAUGAGUGGAAGCUAUUUGUGAAGUCAAAUAGUAGAUAUUUGAUUUGUGAAUUGAACACGUGGAGCUACUAUUCAAUUUGUAUUAGAAUAUCUACAUAUGGACAUGCAUUUACUUAUUUUCUUAUUCGAUGUACAUUGAAACUAAAGGUAAACGCAGUACGAAGAUGGGUUAAAUGAACAGAAAUGUGUGCCUCAGACAGCCUGGCUUAUGUUCGCAAUAGGUAGACUUAUUUUUGUCAUAUGUACCUUGUCAACUUUGGCAUAUUAGUCUUUAGCAAAGAUGUUUUGAAAUGUCAUUGCUAUGAUCUGAAUGACAUGUCUGACAUCCUUUGUACCUUUAUAGCAGACAGACUUCUCUGCCUCUUAUCAAAUAAAAGUCCAGACCCAUGCCAACAGU